AUGAACCAGAACCGGAGAUCCUUGUGGCAGGUCUCGGACAUUGAUCUCCCAGACAGUGAGGUCUUGGACAUUAACGUGUCGGACAGUGAGGUACUUCGAAGCGAUGAGGCCGAUUUUGCGCACGGCCCCUGCAAUGACAAGGACUUGUUCUGCGUGAGCGCAUGGAACGACAACGGCUAUCACAACUUGGUUCUGGAUCCAAAGGCUGCAUUCCGCACAGACUUCUUCCCUGGCCUUGGUUGGAUGAUGGACAAGGACCUUUGGGACGAGUUGAGGAACCGUUGGGCGGUGGCCUACUGGGACGAGUACAUGCGGCGUCCAGAUGUGCGCAAGGGCCGCCAUUGCAUCAGGCCGGAAAUCAGCCGAUCCUUCACCUUUGGUGAAGAAGGAGUCUCGGGUGGUCAAUUCUUCAAAGGACACCUUGGGAAGAUAAAGCUCAAUGAUGUCAUGGUGGACUGGAUGAAACAGGACCUAUCCCAUUUGGCAUCGGCGCAGGCCUUCGAGGAUUAUUUGACUUCUGAGAUCCGCUCGGCUGUGCCAGCCACAACAGAGACAGUGGACAGCUUUGCAACACAGGCGAAGGUCUUGCGGAUCCAGUAUGAUGAUGCCCAGUACAAGGUGAGCGUCGCCCAGAAGUUCGGCCUCAUGCCCGACGAGAAGGAGGGUAUCAGGCGAAUGAGCUACAGAGGUGUCAUUCCCAUUGCCUGGUUGACCAACCGGAUCUACCUCCACACAAGGAGUUGGCCGCAUGCAGUGUAG